CCGACGCCCUAUAAAAGCACAUAGAUGGACAGAGAAUCCAAUAACGGAAAACACAAAGGCUUACGGCAGCGAUGAACCUGAUCAUUCAGCAGGACAUCAACCAAACAUUUAUACACCAUUAAAAGAAACAAAGGCUGACUUCCUUGAGAAAAAUCAGGAGCAUCAUUCAACUCCAUCACAGAGCAGAAGUACAUUUCGGGUUCAGACCAGUAAAGGGAAGCCAUCACAGCCUUUGGCCAGAAAUGAUGGUGAAUCACAGAGUGGAUUUCACAAGAGCUGGACUUUGUUACUGGUUCCGUUCAUUGUUGCCCUAUUGCUUUAUGUCCUGUGGCGUGUGAUGCCAAGUACAGAUCCAACUUUGUCAAGCAGAGAUGCUAAAAUUGUGCAAGCAUUUCGGGACCGGAUGAAGAAACUAGAAAAUACUUACCAAAGCCAGGACCCCAGUCUGUGGAAAAGAACUCAUGUGCUGCUAGAGAAACGUCUUAAUAAUUCCCAUCUGCAUUUGGAGCCUGCCAUUCUACUGCUUACAGCUGGCCAGGAAGCUGAGAAAGCACUGAGAUGCUUAAGUAAUGAGAUUGCUGAUGCUUUUGCCUUCUCCCAGAAUGCUGCUACAAUCAAAAUUGAUGGGGAAGACAAAGCUAUAUUGGACAGUGAUGCUGUCAAGCUGGAAGUCGAUAAUGAGCUCAGCUCUGGGUUCAGAGAAGGCAAGAAGGUAGCUGUGGUGCACCGAUUUGAGUUACUGCCUGCAGGCUCCACCUUAAUCUUUUACAAGUACUGUGACCAUGAGAACGCAGCGUUUAAGGAUGUGGCUCUCCUGCUGACAGUUCUCCUGGAUGAGCAGUCACUGAGAAAAAGCCUCACCUUGCAAGAAGUUGAGGAGAAAGUCCGGGAUUUCCUCUGGGAAAAGUUUACUGGUUCUGAUGUUCCUACUUCUUAUAAUAGCAUGGACACAGAUAAACUGAGUGGACUGUGGAGUCGUAUAUCUCAUCUUGUGUUGCCUGUUCAGCCUGAAAAGGGCCUCCCUGUGCAGGGAUGUGCAUGAGUUAUUGGAGAGGACUCAGGAAAGGAAUA